CCGCCUUUUUCCCUUGCCGUUUCCCCCCGGCUUAGGAACCCUCGAAAAGACGCCUCACCAUCCCCUUUGUGUCCUUGCUAACUAACUCCCCAUUAAAUCCUUCUUCCUCCCGCUGGCCGCCCGCCCGCCCCCCAGUUGCUUCAUAAGCUAGCUAGCUAGCUGGUCAUCAGCCUGCUGGCUGUACGCACCCAACGCCGCACACGCGCACGCACGCAAACCGGCCGGCGGGAGCACCACCAACCAGCGCAGGAAUCCCAGCUCUCUCUAUUAGGUGCUCGCCGCCCGCGUCCAAUUCAAGAAGGAAGCAAGGGAGGAGAGAGAUCGCCGUCGUCGAGCUCGGCAAAUUAUUAGUCUUCGCGGUGGUUGUGUGUCCUCCAAUCCGUCCAUCGUCGACAUAUGCAGGGCGGCGGCGGUGGUGAUCAAGGAGGAGGGAUGGACAUGGCCGUGGGGUUUGGCGGCGGCGCCGAGUGCUCGUCGUCUUCGGCGACGGCGGCGGCGGCGGCUGCAGCGGCAGCGGCGGCCGCGGCGGCGGAGGCGGAGGAGCGGCAGCUGCUCAAGGGGGAGAUCGCGGUGCACCCGCUGUGCGAGCAGCUGGUGGCGGCGCACGUCGGGUGCCUCCGCGUGGCGACACCCAUCGACCACCUCCCCCUCAUCGACGCGCAGCUGGCGCAGUCGAGCGGCCUCCUCCACUCCUACGCCGCCCACCACCGACCCUUCCUCUCCCCGCACGACAAGCACGACCUCGACUCCUUCCUCGCGCAGUACCUGAUGCUGCUUUGCUCGUUCCGCGAGCAGCUGCAGCAGCACGUCCGGGUGCACGCCGUGGAGGCCGUCAUGGCGUGCCGCGAGAUCGAGCAGUCCCUGCAGGACCUCACCGGCGCGACGCUGGAGGAAGGGUCAGGGGCGACCAUGUCGGAGGACGAGGACGAGCCGCCGAUGCUGGAGGGGCCCCUGGACAUGGGCUCGGACGGGCACGACGUGAUGGGCUUCGGCCCGCUCCUCCCCACCGACUCGGAGCGCUCCCUCAUGGAGAGGGUCAGGCAGGAGCUCAAGAUCGAGCUCAAGCAGGGUUUCAAGUCAAGAAUAGAGGAUGUGAGGGAAGAGAUCCUCAGGAAAAGGAGGGCCGGGAAGCUGCCUGGGGACACCACCAGCAUCCUCAAGCAAUGGUGGCAGCAGCACUCCAAGUGGCCAUACCCCACGGAAGACGAUAAGGCGAAGCUUGUUGAAGAGACUGGCCUGCAGCUGAAACAAAUCAACAACUGGUUCAUCAACCAGAGGAAGAGGAAUUGGCACAACAACUCCCAGACGUCAACCCUCAAAUCAAAGCGUAAAAGGUGAUAGAUAUAUAUGGAGAGCUGCACAAUGUAUACCUGACACACAUAUACCAACAAGCUAAUCAAACGGUGCUGGACCAUGCAUGGUGACUCACAAAAAAAUAAGAGGAUCGAUCGAUUCAACUGUAUAUCUAUCUAGUCAUUAGUCAGAGGUGACAGCUUCAUGACACACAUACACACUAGUCUGACCACUGGCAUAUUUGUUUGCUGUGAUUUUUAUUUGAAGCAUACUAUUCUUGUUAUUGUAUAGCCAUAGUUUGCCUUUGUCCCCAGUGUACGUACAUAAUCUGAGGACUAAUUCAUUCCCUGUGCAAAUACCAUCAUAAGCUGGCAGAAGAAAAAAAAAGAUAUUGCAUUCAUGUUUGUACUUA